AAUGCUGUGAUACGUACCAUUCUUACCGAACUUCUUGAUUAUUUGCACGCUUUUAAUUGAUUAACGUUUGGAUUGCCCGUAAGAACAGUUUCAAUUAUGGAAUUAAUGGUUUGGUGGAUAAUACCAAUUAUGUUCGCAUGCACCAUUUUGCCAUGGACUAUUGAUGCAUCCGAUCUUAGUGAACUUCCGGUUGGACAGCUUGAUGGCGCCGCUGAUGAAAUAUUGCGUCAGCCGUUUCCCGGAAGUGAGACGGAAGAGGCGGAAGUACGGGAUGCUGUAGAUAUCGAACAAACCCGUCGUCAUCGGCAUCCGAAAUUCGGUAAAAUCCGUGAUGGAGUGAACAAGAAAAAGAUUGCAGAAACGGUAAACUCCGAAAGCGAAGAUUACGAUAUUCUGAAAGCCACACCUGAGCCAAUAAAUGACGAUGUCAAAAUCGAGCCUGAAGUAAAUGAGGAAAAAGACGACGAAUCGCCUCAAAGCACCGAUCAAUAUCCAGUGACCAACAGUGAUACCCCUAGUUGCGAGAACUGCUUAGAUAAGCAGGAACUUAUUCAGAUGCAAAUCGAGAGAAUCAAAAAGACGCUACUGGCGCGACUCGGUCUUGACUCGCCUCCCAAGGUUGUGGGUGAAAUCCCGCCUCUUCCGUUCGACUUCUACUGGAACGAGGACUUUGGUAUGAGCGACGAGGAGUACAGAAAACAAGAAAUCGAAGAAGAGAACAGACGAAAGCCGAAAAUUAGGGAGAUAUUCAUCAAAGGAACUGGCAUAACCGAGAAGUGUUUCCAGCAGAAAGGAACCGGGUGUUACGCUUUCAAUGUGUCUGCUGACGUCAUCGACCCAGCACUCGUAUCCAAGAUCGAACUAUGGGUGUACAAACAGUCAGACCCUAACGACCACUAUGUUCAUACGUUCAUGGUGUCCGAUCUGGCGCCAUUCCAGCGUGACGGGAAGGAUCUCCUGCGGAUCAAGAACAUCGUGAAGCGACAGGAGACCCGACUCAAGCACGGAUGGAUGAAGAUCUACGUCAAGCGCAGCGUCCUGCGAUGGCUGUCCAAGCCGCACAUGAACCACGGUCUGGCGAUUGUCUGCAGGACGUGCAAGCGCCAGAACCACCGCACAAUCUACGGCGAUAAGGAAGGUCUUCUGCCCAUUCUCGUGUUCUACAUGCGGGAGACCGUUCCCGGCAGUAAGAAAUGGCGACGCUCAACGCCGUGCACAGAGGGCGGCGACAACUGCUGUCACAGGGAGGCACUGCACAUUAACUUCCGGGACAUCGGAUGGGACUACAUAAUGGCGCCACCUGCCAUCAGACCGAACUACUGCACCGGCUCCUGUAACGGGGUGCAUACGGGGUUCUACAAUCAUACCCGUCUCGUUCAGACGAUACACCAGACUGUGGCCCACAAUCACCUACCUAUACAGAACUGUUGUGGUCCAGUCUCCUUCAAACAGCUAACCAGUCUACUGUAUAGAGACGACGCGGGGGUCAUUCGGAAGGUAGACAUACCGGACCUUGUCGUCAACGAAUGUGGAUGCCUUUAAGAACUUUCGAAAGUCCACAUCAGCCCGUUCUUAGGCAUAAGAAAGAAAUGUUGACAAAAACAAUGAAACAUCAUUUCUUUAAGAUUUAACUAAAAUCACAAGCAAAAGUGACGAAUGUUAUUCUUUGUUAAAUGCAGUUUGUUUGCGGAUAAAAUUUGAAAUCUAUAAAAAAAAAUCAACGCAUUGGAACAUUUAGAAAAGACAACUCUUAAAAUUAAGAUGGCUCACAAAGUUGGAAUUAUCUUUCUUUGUAUGUUAUUUU